AGGCUGAAGGAGGUCGAGGGCGGGCAAUAAAAUAGCCGGACCCGAAGAGAAGCCCUGCAAAUUAUUGGGCGGAGAGUUAUCGAAAGUAGGGAGAACAAAGAGAAUGGAAGUUUGCGAGGGAGAUGAUGCGAGAGGCGCGGAAGCCAUGGACGUCGAUGGCAGCUCGAGGUCGGCGAAACUCGUCGAUCUCCUUCGAAGGUUUCUCGGAAUCCAGCAGAGGAGAGCAGAAGCUUACGCAAAGCUGCACAGGGGGUUUUCUGAAUAUAUGACCAAUGGAGGAGAGUUGUCCUACCAACAACUUUGUGGGGAGAUUACAGUAGAGUUCAAUGAUUGUUCAAAACAAGUUCUAGAAAUGGAAUCGCUGCUUUUGAUGCCAGAUCUCUGUCGUGACGAUCUUGCCGGCCUUCUACGGGAUGUUCAGGCACAAGAAAAACAAAAACUGCAUUUGACAGCGAGCAUUCAGAUCUUAAAGAAGGCUGGUCGACCCUCAGAGCGUCUGGUGAGCCAUGAGCACUGCCGGUUUAACAAGCCACAACAGCAUGAGUGUGUGCAUGUCCGCAAGAUAACAGAAGAUGCUGGAACGGAGGAUGCUGAAGCUGAUGCCGAGUAUGAUGGUGCUCUCAAGGAAGCCAUCCGGGGUGUGCAGGAUGCAGUGACCAGCAUAAAUGAGCACCUGGAGGAGGUCCGCUAUGAGAUUGAGGCACUCGAGUCGGAAUAGUACAUAAUAAACUUAAAUCCAUGUGUUUCUGGCUUCACUGAAUCUGGAAAUGGUUCGAUUAUAUUUAACUGCAUAUUUACAGAAGAACGUAGAGUAGGCUGGAUUUUCUUAAAAAUAAUUCUUAUGUGAUUAUAAGAUUAUUAGUUUUCUGCAAAUGAAAAUGGCUAUUGUAAGUUAAAACCUGUGCUUCUUCAAUAUCUAUCUGUUGUUUUUGAUA